AGCUCUAAUGUUGAUUAGCGUACCCUAUGAUAGGGAUAUAGGGAACUUUUCUUCAUCAGAUGAUCUCUCGACAUAUAACUGUCAAGUACGUCCACGUAAACAACUGUUGAUACACGUUAUGGAGCAUGUCAAAACGAUAAAAAUACAAUAAACAAUUGGAUGCUCCAUAUUAUUCAUCCGUUACUAAUACAGUUUGUGGGAGUUAAAAUGUCCAAUUCUGAGGCUGGUGUGGGAUGCAUUAGUGAGGUAACGCUUGCGAUUAGUAAAGCAAGAAGUUCUCAAGCAGGUACUGGAAGAGUUCUCGAUAGUCCGGACUCUGACGAAUCUGGCCACUCAAAUUCGUUUACUGUGCAACAAUUUAACUACCCCGUUGGUAACAGCACCAGCUCAAAUAUUCUUCAGUCGCCUCUUACUAGCGGUGACUUGAGAAUACCUAUUCUUGGUUAUGAGAUUGUGGAAGAAAGAGCUAGAUUUACGGUUUACAAACUUCGAGUUGAAUUGAAGAAUGGCGAUUGUUGGUUCGUGUUUAGAAGAUACACGGACUUCGUUCGCCUGCUAGUUCAACUAAAAAGACAGAAAGUUCCUAUUGUUCACUUAUCACUGCCGAGAAAAAAGUGGCUCGGCGAUAACUUUGCUCCGAGCUUUCUGGAACAGAGGAUAGAUGGGCUGCAGACGUUUAUUAAUGGAAUUUUGAGUAGUCCAGUUCUCAUAACCGUCUCAUGCGUGAGAGAAUUCUUUUGUUUGGACGAACCCCCGGCGUUAUCCGAUACAGCAGAAGAAUCUAGAGCAAUAUUUGAGGCAUUGGAGGAUACGAUCUAUAAUUUAAGGCAGCAACUAAGAGAGCGUGAUGUGGCACUCGCGUCUGAGAAAGCUCAAUGUAAUGAAUUUCGCAAGAAGCUUCAUCAGAUUUUGAGUGAGAGACAAACCUGUUCGAAAUGUGGUGCAACCCAAUAGCAGCUUUAAUGAUAUUAUAUAAAACUCUGUUUCUUUCUUAGACGCAAGAGAGUAACGAGUAAAUAUAUUUAGAUACAAAUAGAUUGACUCAUAAUAUUAGAUCUGGUAGAAUUAAAUUGUACAAAUUUUAGAUCAAUGUUGAUUAUAAAGAAAUGGUAUAGAGAGGAUAUUUUUUAGAACUUGUUUCAAGAUAGAAUAUUUAUCAGUGAUAUUUUAUAGACCAGAUAUUAUAUUAAUCAUCUUGGCAUAAACGUUUAUCAGUAUUAUUGUAAGCUACGCUAAUAUUUUAUUCUUACAACAUUUUUAAAUUUGACUGAACAUUUGAUACAAGUUUUUUGAUAUGAUUAUUCAUUCACAGAAGUGAACUACGAAUGAUACAUUAGAUGCCUUAUAAAUAUAUAUUUUCUCAUAUAAUUUUAUAUUUACAAUUUGAAUCUCAAAAGUGCUCUUAAAACGUAACAGGAAGUGAUUAAGUGUAUUCUACGCCGUUCUUGAGAAAACGUUUGGCCUGUUUUGCGAAAUGUACAUGAUUAAAGUUCAGCAGGCUGGACUUCAAGUAACAACGGCUUUUUGGAUAUGCCGAAUUGAAUAUCUACAAACCGUAUUUUACUUAUUACAAUGCUCUUUCCCUUAAAACUUUUGUCCAGCUGGCUGACGAGAUUGAAAGGAACUGAUUAGGAAGAGAUUAGAAGGCAACUUCUAUGUAUAAAAUAAUCUUUGCAUAAUUUUUGAUAAUGUAAAAGAAAUUAUGUGAAUUUUAUUUUGGUUAGCUUAUUUAUACAGGAAAAUAUCAUUAAUUAUAUAAACAUACGAGUAGCUACACUUAUGUUUAUUACUAUCGAAACAAUUAUCGCAAGAAUUGUUUAACUAGGAUUCUCAAAUUUUUCUCAAAUAUUAUCAGAUAUUAUCUAAUAAUAUUGCAUAUUAUUAGAUAUAAUAAAUGCGUGACGUUGUACAUGAUAAUGUAGUAUAAUAUAUUACAAUUAACAUAAUUUUUAUCAUUUAUUAUACGCCGACAUUUAUUAUAUCGAGACUGUAUUUAUAUAUUUCUAAUACUUGUCAACAUAUUAUUUACAUUUUGUAAUUAUAAUAUCUGACAAAUAUUACGGAAUCGCACAAAUAUGCAAAAUGUUAUCUGUCUGAAAUAUUUACAUCUUUCAUGAGAACAUUGUAUUACUCAUAUAAAUUGAUAUUUUCUUAUGAUACAUAAUAUACAAAAUGUUUUAA